AUUUUAAUUCACUGAAUGUGACACUCAUGUGAAUAAGUGGUACACAAAUAUCAUCAAAAUGAAAUCAUAGUUUAGUUGUGCGUUCUCUCUCUCUCUAAACAUUUGUACUAAUAAUAAAUUAUAUAAAAAUUGAUAUAUUAAUUAAAGAAAGAAAUCAUGGAGAAAGUGAGGCCUAACCGGAGCGAUGUACACAUGGAGGGGGAGGAGGCGGCGAAAGUGGAGGCCGCCGCACGAGACUACUUCGACGGGGUGGCGCCGAAGCGGCACACUAAGCCUCUACGCAGCGAAUAUUCCUCUUCUUCUGCUGCCUACGUGGAUGCUCACCCCGCAGCUGAUGACCAGCUCACUCCUGAAUACAUCGAAUUCCAACAUCUCGAGAAGGAAGACUCUCAGAAACUUGUUUAUAGUGGAAGCAAAGUUGCAGAAGAAUUCACGGAAACACAAUAUUACAAGGAUCUCAAUGGGGUCGACAAGCAGCAUCACACGACCGGAACGGGGUUCAUAAAAGUGGACGACGCAAAGGGGAAGAAGGGCUUCAGCCUAGAACCCGAUUAUGCUAGUGAAAGUCAUGCCUCGUGUCGGGGAAACCCUGCAACUAACGACUGGGUUCCAUCUGCUUCUGAUGAUGCGGUGGAUUUAAUGACUGACAAGCCAAAUAGGAGUGGGUGAUUUUGGUCAUUCUUGAUGAUGAUGAUGAUUGCAGUUUGGUGUUCAUUUUAUCCACAUGUUUGGAUAUGUUUUGAGAUUCUUGGUUUCAAUUUGUGUUUUCUAAGUUGAAUUGUCUUCUCAUAUCAAAACAUAAUUGAGUGUGGUACUAAUCUAGUUGGGUACUAUUAGGCCUUGGUUUCAAGUUUCAACCUAAACAGUUUUUUUAGUUUGAAAGGGUAUUUAUAAAAAAAAAAAAUUACGGCCAA